CCGGGCCGUCCAUGGAGCUGCAUCCCGGCCGCUUCCCGGCCGCCCGCGCCGCCGCCGUGGCCGUGGGGUACCUGCGGUACCUGCGGGGCGGCCCCGGCACCGGGCUGCGGCUGCGGGAGCUGCGCCGGGCACGGCGCCAGGACAUUGAUGGUGUGGGGCACAAGUACUACCUGGACCUGGAGCUGGAGGAUGUCCUGGACAAAGACAGGACUGUGAGCUGCACUGCUGAGGUUCUGUUUCACCUGGGCAGCAAAACCUCUGCUCCAGAUGUGCAGCUGGCAGUGCAGGGAGAGCUCAGGAGCACAGAGGAGGCAGACAAGGAGUUCUACCACCGGAUCAGGAGCCUGGAAAAGGAGCUUGUGGCUGAGAACAUCCCAGACAGCCACGGGAACGUUCCCCCAGAGCUGGAGCCCAUCCACCUGCUGGCCUGGGCGGCCUCUGGCUACGUGAUCUGGCAGAAUUCCACUGAAAACACCAACUUCAACCUUGCCCAAGUGAAACACGUGAAGCAAGUGAAAAGAAAUGAUGAUGAUCUUCAGUUUGACUUUGUGGUUCUACUCCAUGAAAUGGUGUCCCAGGAGCUGCUGCCCUGGGAGGUGACCCUGCUGUGGCACCCCCAGCGCGGGGCCCGAGUGCCCCAGAGCUGCGCCAGGGGGGCACGGAGAUCCUGAGGGCAACUGGGAGCAACUGGGAGCGACUGGGAACAACUGGGAACAACUGGGAACAACUGGGAG